AGCAACAGUCUUUAGGCAUUGGAUCCACUGGGCGCAUCUGAUCCGGAGCAGUUGGAAGUCUAGAGUCCUUGAAGAAGUAGUCAACAUGAAGGUUGCCAUCGCAUUGCUGGCCUGUCUAGGCCUGGUCGCUGCGGCCAGUUUCCACAAGCAGCACGAGGUUAAGAUCGCUGACAAGUCGUUCCUUGGCAUGCAGAAGUUUCUUUUCGAGAUUGUCUACCGUGUUGAGGAUCCUCUGAUGUUCGAGGAGUAUAUUAAGUUGGGAAAGGCCUUCGAUUUUAAAGAGCCUAACUACACGCACUUCGAUAAGUACAUGAAGGCCUUCUUCGAGGCCUACAAGGUUCACGCCCUUCUCCCCAAGGGUGAAUUCUUUGGAGCUGCAGUGAUGUCGCACGCCAAGCAGGCCCGCGGCCUGUUCAACUUCUUCUACUAUGCCAAGGACUGGGAGACCUUCAUGCACAACGUGGCCUGGGCCCGUAUGCACGUCAACGAGGGCAUGUUCGUCUACGCCUUGACCCUGGCCGUGAUCCACCGCGAGGACUUCCACGGAUUGAUGCUGCCAUCGAUCUACGAGAUCUUCCCUCAGUUCUUCUUCAACAGCAAGUUCGUGUACGAGGCCGAGAAGUUCGACUACGAGAUGUGGAUGAAGAUGACCAUGUACGAGAAGGAGUACAUGGACGUCUACUACAAGAACCAUGCCCACGGCUAUGGCUACGGUAACAUGUACCAGAGCGGCGACUACAUGUACAUGAAGGACUUCAAGAUGUGGCAGUGGUGGAAACUGAUGGGUCUGGGAGAGCACUGGUACAGCGAGGACAAGUACAUCCUGCGCGAAAACAUCUACGAAUUCAACCAGGACAGCAAGUGGCUCUCGAUGAUGAAGGACGUCAAGGUCUGGUGGAUGCCCGUCGACUACACCCGCGACCUCAACAUGUACAAUGAGGAAUCGAAGCUCUCCUACUUCACUGAGGACCUUGGCUGGAAUUCCUAUUGGUACUACCUCAACAUGGACUACUCCUUCUUCCUGGACGGAACCACUUUCGACCUGAAGAACGACCGUCGCGGAGAGUGGUGGCUGUACAACGUGCACCAGCUGCUGAGCCGUUACUACAUGGAGCGUCUGUCCCACGGAUUCGGCGCCAUCCCCGAAUUCUCCUGGUACCACCAAAUCGAAAUGGGCUACGAUCCUCAGAUGAUCUACUACAACGGCAUCGGCUACAGCUACCGCAAGAACUACUACGAGAUGGAGACCUACGGAAACUUCGAGAUGCUCGACAAAAUCACCAGCUUCAUGAAGCGCAUCCAGACAAUCGUCGACAUGGGCUACUACAAGACCAUGGACGGCCACAUGAUUGACCUGCGCAAACCCGAGUCGAUCGAGUACAUCGGAAACAUGAUGCAGGGCAACGUGGAUGCCAUGGACAAGAUGUUCUUCCAGUUCUGGUACAUGCUCGCCCAUAUGUACUUCGCCGAUGUCGACUUCCACCAGAUGGAGGUCUACCCCAACGUCAUGCUCAACUUCGAGACCAUGAUGCGCGACCCCAUGUACUACAUGUUCUACAAGUCGAUCGUCCAGGUCUACUUCCAGUUCAUGCACUACCUGCCCAAGUACACCAAGGAGCAGCUCUUGAUGCCUGGAGUGUCCAUGAAGCACGUGGAAGUGAGCGAGCUGACCACCUACUUCGAUCUGGUGGACUUUGACGUGACCAACAUGCUCAACGACAAGAUGGUCUUCCACGAUGGCAAGUUCGUGUGGGACAAGUCUCUGUAUGCCCGUCAGAUGCGUCUGAACCACAAGCCCUUCACCUACACUUACACCAUCGAGUCCGACAAGGUCGAGAAGGUGGUUGUGCGUGCCUUCUUGGGACCCAAAUUUGAUGAGUUCGGCAAGAUGAUCUCCCUGACAGAGAACCGCAUGAACUUCAUGGAAAUCGACGAAUUCUUCUACGAGCUGAAGGCUGGCACCAACAUGAUCAAGCGCAACUCCAACGAAUUCUACUGGACCGUCAAGGACCGCACCACCUACACCGAACUGUACUACUAUCUGAUGAUGGCCUUCGACGGCAAGUACGACUUCCCUCUGGACAUCAGUGAGCCCCACUGCGGCUUCCCCGACCGCCUCGUUCUGCCCAUGGGCUGGAAGAAGGGAAUGCCCAUGCAGAUGUUCUUCAUGGUGAUGCCGUACUCCGCCCCCACCCACGAACAGUUCUCGACCUUCGACUACACCUACUCCUGUGGCAUCGGAUCGGGAGCCCGCUUCGUCGAUAACAUGCCUUUCGGCUAUCCCUUCGACCGCGAGAUCGACGAAUACGAGUUCUUCGUUCCCAACAUGUACUUCAAGGAUGUGAAGAUCUACCACGCCGACACCAUGGAGCCUUACUACAAGUACAAGGGCUACUCCAACUACGGACACUUCGACUACACCUUCUUCAGCGAUUACUACACCAAGUACUUCAAGUACUAGGUCUCCUUGAUGCCCGAAAAAAAGACUGUCACGGUACGAACCCCUUGGAGUGGAAGCAUUUAUGAAUUUUAGUUUUAAGCUGAGCAAAAAGUAAAAUAAACUUUCUAAAAUCCAA